AUGCAUGAAGGCGAUCAAUUUGAAAGUUAUGAAUUCGAUGAAGACGAAGGUUUUGUAAACGAUGAAGAAUUGCCAAACUUCUUGUAUCAAAAAUGGACAAAAUUAGAAACUCCUAAUAAAACUUUGGGGAGAAUAGAGGUUUAUCACGAUGCAAAUGGGAUGUUUCCUCCAAAGUAUAAACUAGUAUUGGAGGAUGAUGAUGCAAAUAUAGACGUUCCAAAACAAUAUGAUAUAGAAAACUUACUUGGCACAAUGGAUACUGUACAAAUUGCAGGUACUGUUUCAGAUAAUCGAUUUUUAAGACCUGCUUUUGACGAAGAUUACAGAAGAAAUUUAAGACAAAGAACACUUCAAGCCUCAAAACCAAAAAGACCAAUAAAAAUGAUCGAAAGUAACGAGAAUAGAGGUGGUUAUGUACCACCUGGUUCUUCCGCUGCUGCUGUCGCCAAGUUUGGAAAUCUUGUGAAAAAGAAACAAAAAGUUACAAAUGAACAAAAAACAACACGUAUGCCAGACGAACAACUUGUUAAUCUGUUAUUUCAUGCUUUUGAACAAUAUAAAUAUUGGACGUUUAAAGGAUUAAAAGAUUAUGUAAAACAACCCGAGUCAUUUUUAAAAGAUAAAUUAAAUGAAAUAGCAGUAUUAGACAAACGUGGUCCAUACAAUAACUGUUAUCAUUUAAAGCCGGAAUAUACUCGAAAAUCAUCACAAACUUCCGAAGCAAUAGCACCAGCUGGUUUAGAAGCACCAGGAUCAUCAGGAGAUAUGCUCGAAAAACUUAGAAACUUCCAAAAUGAUGACGAGUUAUCGGCCAGAAAAAUGUGCGAAUUAGAUUCACCGACCCCGACGGCAUUGGAAACAUUCAAGGAAAGCACCUACAGGAGAAUUGGUGAUUCAGUGAAACAAACACAUCAGCGUUCUAUCGUUUAUUCGAAUUGGUGA